AUGAAUCACGCCAUUCACACAACAAUGUUUUUUUUUCCUACGCUGUGUGUGUCGCUUGUCGUGACCGUGAUCAUUAAACGUCACUUGCAAAAUGGGAAGAGACUGCUCAGUUGGAUAGUUUACGAUGAAACGACUCGCAUACAUCGUUUGAAUGCUUACAGUUCAGGACAUAAAGGGCGGGCAGUAGGGUUCUUCCCAGUAACAUCGCAGAAAGCGAGGCAACGUAAACUGAAAGAAGCGGAAAAGGAGGAAAUGGAAAGGCGUAUAAAGGAACGUGAGAUGCGCUCGUAUGAUGGCGUUUUCAAUGAGGAAAAGAUGCAUUCGAAUUAUGAUGAUGGUAACGAUUCCGAUGAUUUCAUGUGA